CCGGCCCGGCCGGACACGCGCGGACGCCCCGCCCCGGCCAGACACGAGCGGAGGCAGCCAUGGCCGAGUCCGAGCUGCAGCUGGUGGCGCGGCGCAUCCGCAGCUUCCCCGACUUCCCCAUCCCGGGCGUGCUGUUCAGGGACAUCUCGCCGGUCCUGAAGGACCCCGACUCCUUCCGCGCCUGCAUCAGCCUCCUGGCCAGUCACCUGAAAAAGACCCACGGCGGCAAGAUCGACUACAUCGCCGGCCUAGACUCCCGAGGCUUCCUGUUCGGUCCCUCCCUGGCCCAGGAGCUCGGUGUGGGCUGCGUGCUCAUCCGAAAGCAAGGGAAGCUGCCAGGCCCCACUGUGUCUGCCUCCUACACACUGGAAUAUGGGAAGGCUGAGCUGGAGAUCCAGAGAGACGCCCUGGAACCGGGGCAGAAGGUUGUUGUCGUGGACGAUCUGCUGGCCACUGGCGGAACCAUGCGCACCGCCUGUGAGCUGCUGGGCCAGCUGCAGGCCGAGGUGCUGGAGUGCGUGAGCCUGGUGGAGCUGACCUCGCUGAAGGGUAGGGAGAAGCUGGGGACUGUGCCCUUCUUCUCUCUCCUGCAGUAUGAGUGAGCCCUGCUGGCCACCAGGGGGCACUGGCCAUCCGCCUGGACUCUCUUCUAACCCUGGUUGGGUGACUCUCCAGCCCGGGGCCUCCACCUGGGGUCCUUCCUGCAGAUUCUGCAAGUGCCAGCACCUGGGGCUGAUGGCCCAGGGCAGAGCCCAGCCCAGGCCACUGCAGGUCCAUUUACAGUGAACCAGGACCAUGAAUAAACAACUUGGCUAAA